ACCAUUUUUUCCUUUUAAUUUUUCGUAAUUCCUAAACGGCUAGUUUCCAAGUCCUCUACCUUUAUAUAAACCACACAAGAUCCACACUCUCUCCAUCCUCAACACACUUUAAAACACAUUACACACUCUAAUACUUUUAAGGUUUUAGAUUCUAAUCAAUGGCUUCUUCUUCUCUUUUGGUCACCAUCUUCCUCUGCAUCUCUGUCUUCUUCUUUUCGUCCGUGAAUGCAAAUGAGGUUACCGUCGGUGGAAAAUCCGGUGACUGGAAGAUCCCUCCUUCCUCUUCUUUCUCCUUUAACGAAUGGGCUCAAAAGGCUCGCUUCAAAGUCGGCGACUUUAUCGUAUUCAAGUACGAAGCCGGUAAAGACUCGGUUUUGCAAGUGACACGAGAAGCAUACGAGAAAUGCAACACCACUAGCCCUAAAGCCAGCUACACCGACGGGAACACAAAGGUGAAGCUUGACCAAGCUGGUCCGGUCUACUUCGUCAGUGGAACAGAGGGUCAUUGUCAAAAGGGUCAGAAGCUACGCCUAGUCGUCAUCACUCCUCGUAACUCUGCUUUCUCUCCAGGUCCUUCGCCAUCUGAGUUCGACGGUCCAGCCGUAGCUCCUACUAGUGGUGCCGCUAAGCUCGCCGGCGGAUUUAGUGUCGUAUUUGGGCUUGUUCUUGGAUUAUGGGCCUUCUUCUUUUAAAAGACAAUUAGUCUUAAUUCUAUUUAUUAAUUUUGGAAUAUAAAGUAGAAAUCUUUGUUAUUUACUACAUUAAAUUUAUUUUAAUCUAAAUUGUUCUUCCUCUUUUUCAAUUCUGGAUAAAUUAGUUGGAUCUAUCAACAAUCAACAAAGAAAACAAAACAAAAGUGAAUGAGAAUUUUGAAUUUAGUACCCAAAAAGGUAAU